AUGUCCCCGGAUGUCCAUUCUCAUUGCGAGCAGCGGCGUCUUUUGUUUGAUUUACCAUCUUUGAAUGAUGAGUGUGACUUAACAGCAAAACUCGAGGUGCAUUGGAAUAUGCAUCUUUACAGCAAACUACAGGCACUCAAUGCGGAGUGUAUGUCAAUGGGUCUCUCGCUGUAUCUUCGCAAAUCGGACUCUCACUCUGGCAUAAUCGCUUUCAUUGGUCUUGCCACUGCUUUUUAUGAACUCUUCGAACAACAUCUACGAUGUCUUAAUGCGCGUGAAGAUAUUGACAUCGAGCAAGUUUCGUCGUCGGAUACUUUUUCCUCCAACUGGUUCGAAUUUUUGCAGCGUUCACCUACUGACGGUGGAUUUGGAGCACCUGUGGAAAAUGGGCAUACUACCAAGGCGAUAAUCCUCGUAAUAAUUGUUGUGCAUAUCAUUGGUUAUUUUAGUUCAGACCCCGUACAUCGAGACGACGAGCUACGUGUGUUGGAGCACCAUCGCAACCGCGAAAACGAACUGUUCCAAGAGAAUCGAGAGCUGCAGAACCUCGUCUCUGUCCCCUCCGCACGAAUGCUUCGAUUUGCCCAUCGCCUGCGCCAAAAAAGGCGACUACGUCAGCUCCUUGGGGCGACGCCGGAGGUGCAGUUGGCGAUGGAUGUGGCGGUGGUGUCUUUAGACGGUGGAAUGGAAAAUGACUUUUCCGAUACGUCUUCUGAUUCUUCCCUGUCUGGAGCUGAAACGAGGUUCGGUCACAUCAUGCUGGUAUUUGCAAUUUCAUCACGGCGCUCGGAAGAGGAUGCAACCGUGAUCGCACCAGGCACAUAG